AUGUGUUCCUUUACUUUGGCUUUCUUCUCUCUAUACGUAUUAUCUCUCAUCAAGCCCGUGCAGUGCUGGUGGGGUAGCGAACACGUUCAAAGCGAGCCUCCUUUCAACAGAAAAAGUGAUGUCACCAGGGAAGAAGACCUGAAGUUAAGAUGGGAAUUUGAUUGGAGCUUCGGAGGGAUUUCAACAUUUGCGCAUUUGCCACAUGUAAAAUGCUUGACGAAUCCUGACGUCGGGUACGACGUGGCUAUCAUAGGGGUACCUUUUGAUACCGCAGUUAGUUAUCGACCCGGUGAGUAG